UAUUUUUAAUUUGCUGUCACCAAGCUCAUGAGAAUUCUAAAAUGUGCAGGUCCAUGUACAUUCAGGCUAUUGAACCUGAGUCUGCACUCCAUUCAGUCCAGAUGUUCUCCUGAUGACCUGUGGAGGCCAAGGACAGAACAGUGCUUCUAUCUCUGCUCUCUGCUUCUUUUGGAAGUGUUAAGCCUUGCACCUAUCUGAUUGCAGAAACCAGAGUGUGGAAAUGGCUUUGGGUUUUGUUAUGCAUAUAUAGCAGGCCUGCCAAGACAUGGUGACUCCAUGCCAAAAAUAGCAAUUGUAGAUGUGGCCCAAGCUCACAGCCCAGCUCCCACUUUCACGCCUUGUGGUACCCAUCCUGCUUGCAGUUGGCUGGAUCGUGGGUUGUGCCCUGAUGGUUUAUAUCGUCUUCUCCUGACAGAAGACAGAAGAAUUUACAAUGAUGCUGAUCGGAACAACCUGAAAGUUAAAUUGGAAUAUCUUACAACUGAAAUAUGUUUAAAAUUAAUUAUUUUUAAUAUAAACACUGUAGAUAGCAUAUACACUCUUUUUAUCUACAAGUCUCGCGAGCUCAUUCUUCCUUUUGUGAGCAGAUAAACAGCACUUCUCUUCUCCUGAGCAGCCUGUUGUAGAGUUAGGGGUUGAAAGGACCCCUGGAGCUCCCCUGUCACGCAAUUUCCCUGCAGCAGGUCAUACAGGAAAGCCCCCAGGGGGAUUCUGAAUAUCUCCAGAGGAGAUUCCAGCACAUAUGGGCAUCCUGUGCCAGUGUUCUGUAACCUUCACAGCAAAGAAUCACACAGAAACACAGAAUGGCCUGGGUUGGAAGGGACCUCAAGGAUCAUGAAUCUCCAACCCCCCCGCCACACACAGGGCCAUGAAUCUCCACAUUUCAUACCAGCCCAGGCUGCCCAGGGCCCCAUCCAGCCUGGCCUUGAACACCUCCAGGGAUGGAC